AUGGCUUCCUUCGAACCGGAGUUUGAUCAAGCCUACAAUGACCUUGCGUCAUCGCUCGAUGGCUCCACGGUGCUUAAACAGCAUCCAGAGUACAGAGAUGCUCUUAAAGUCUUUGCUGUUCCCGAACGCGUCAUUCAAUUUCGUGUGAUCUGGGAGGAUGACAGGAACUGCGUGCAAGUCAACCGCGGCUAUCGUGUACAAUUCAACUCAGCACUGGGGCCGUACAAAGGCGGACUGAGGUUUCAUCCGUCCGUCAACCUCUCGGUGCUGAAGUUUCUCUCGCUCGAGCAAACCCUAAAAAAUGCUUUGACAGGCUUGAAUCUUGGUGGUGCAAAGGGAGGGUCAGACUUUGACCCCAAAGGCAAAUCUGAUCACGAGAUUCGUCGCUUUUGCGUGUCUUUCAUGCGCGAACUGAGCAAGUACAUUGGAGCUGAUACGGACGUGCCUGCUGGUGAUGUUGGCUGUACACGGCGCGAAGUGGGAUGGAUGUUUGGCGCAUUCAAGGCGGCGACUACGAGGUGGGAAGGUUGCAUCACAAACAAAGGAGAUGCGUUUGGUGGAAGUCUGAUGAAGCUUGAGGCAACUGGCUUUGGGCUGGUUCAUUACGUCUCUUUGAUGAUCGAAUACGCUUCCGAUGGCGCUGAGUCUACGCGUGGCAAGAAGGUCGCGAUUUCAGGCUCUGGAAAUGUCGCACAGUAUGCCGCUAUCAAAGCCAUUGAUGCGGGUGCUGUCGUCCCUACUCUGUCCGACAGUAAGGGGACGCUCAAAGCUAUCUCUGUGGAAGGCUUCACAAAAGACGACAUCGCCCUCAUCGCCUCUAUCAAGAAGAAACGCCUUCCACUUUCCGACAUCAUGGCAAUGGAGCAGGGUCAAAGGUUCGAGCAUCUCGAAGGCGAAAGACCCUGGAAGCAUGUGAAGGAAGUCGAUAUUGCGUUACCCUCCGCCACGCAGAACGAAAUGUCCAAAGACGAAGCAGAAGCACUGAUAUCUGCUGGCUGUCGCUUCAUCGCCGAAGGCAGCAACAUGGGCUGCGCACAAGACGCUAUCCAACUCUUCGAAUCGCGCAGGGCAGAUAAUCCGAACGGACGUAAGGGUGCCAACAUUGGCGGCUCGGCAGUGUCAGGGCUCGAAAUGGUGCAAAACAGCCAGCGCAUCGCUUGGCCGGCCGCACAGGUCGAGGCUGAACUGUAUCGCAUUGUCGAAUCAUGCUUUCACAGCGGUAUUGAAGCCGCCAAAAACUACACGGAUAUGCGCGCGGAAGACUUACCCAGCCUUUUUGUGGGAAGCAAUAUUGCCGGGUUUGUCAAGCUGGCGGAUGCGAUGCAUGCCCAAGGAGAUUGGUGGUGA